CUGGCCCGGGGCGGAGUCGGCUGCGGGCGGGGACGCGGCGGGGGCGGCGCGGGGAGAUCGCUGGGCGAUCGCGGCGGCGGCGCGGGGAACCGACGCCCGGGCGCCCCGAGUCGCCAGUAUGUGGAGCGGCCAGCCCCACCCGGACGAGGGCCACCCACCGCCCCCUGAAGCUGUCCCAGUCCCCUGGAAGAGUGUGGGCCCCUGCAAAAGCCACAGGGAUUCAGGCCUGGUGGAGACCCCUGCUGGGAAGGAAGCCCAAGGCGAGGAGGACCCUGCGGCCACCCAGCUGGACGUAUUGCGUCUGCGCAGCUCUUCCAUGGAGAUCCGAGAGAAGGGCUCAGAGUUCCUGAAGGAGGAGCUGCACAAAGCCCAGAAGGAGCUGAAGCUGAAGGAUGCGGAGUGUGAGCGGCUGUGCAGGGUUCGCGGGCAGCUGGAACGGGAGCUGGAGGAGCUGACGGCCAGCCUGUUCGAGGAAGCCCACAAGAUGGUCCGAGAAGCCAACAUGAAGCAGGCGGCGUCAGAAAAGCAGCUGAAGGAGACGCGGGGCAAGAUCGACAUGCUGCAAGCAGAGGUGACAGCCUUGAAGACACUGGUCAUCACGUCCACACCAGCCUCUCCUAACCGCGAGCUCCACCCACAGCUGCUCAGCCCCACCAAGGCCGGACCCCGCAAGGGCCACUUGCGUCAUAAUAGCACCAGCAGCACCCUCUGCCCCGCCGUGUGCACCGCGGUAGGACACGCCCCCAGCCUGGACAAGGAGGGCAAAGAGGUGGACACGACCCUGUUUGCAGAGUUCCAAGCCUGGAGGGAAUCGCCCACCCUGGACAAGACUUCCCCCUUCCUGGAAAGGGUGUACCGGGAGGACGUGGGCCCCUGCCUGGACUUCACCAUGCAGGAGCUCUCAGCCCUGGUACGGGCCGCCGUGGAGGACAACACGCUCACCAUCGAGCCCGUGGCUUCGCAAACACUGCCCGCGGUGAAGGUGGCCGCUGUCGAGUGUGGCCGUACCAAUGGGUUCCGGGCCCCGAUUGACACUACAUGUGCCCUGAGUGGCCUGGCCUGCGCCUGUCGUCACCGAAUCCGGCUUGGGGACUCCGAGAGCCACUACUACAUCUCACCGUCCUCCCGGGCCAGAGUGAGUCAUCCAAUGGGAGUGUUACCUGGCUCCUUAGAGGCUCCCUGGGCUGGGACUCUGAGCCCCAGGCUGCACAACCUACAAUCUACAGAGCAGGGCACAGGCUCAGAGAGAUCACGGCCGUGUGCAACUUCUUCACCUACAUCCGCUACAUCCAGCAAGGCCUGGUGCGGCAGGACGCGGAGCCCAUGUUCUGGGAGAUCACAAGGCUGAGGAAGGAGAUGUCGCUGGCCAAGCUUGGCUUCUUCCCCCAGGAGGCCUAGGUCAUGGCUCAGGCCUGGAGGGGGGCUCUGAGCUGGAGCCAACACCUGCCCCAGGAGAGACAGACAGACAGACGGGGUCCUAGAGCCAGCCCUGAGCCAGAAGCUGACCAGAGGGACAAAUGGCCAGGCCGUGGAGGCAGCACUGAGCCGGCAGCAAAUGUCCCUCCCAGGACAGGACCUCAGGAGGUGACCUCUCCCCCCUCGUAGUACUACAGCCACCAGGAGACUUUCGAGAAAGCACCAAAGACCAAGGAGCUGGGAGCCGUACAAAGGGGCUCAGCCCUUGGGAGGGCACCCCUGGGACAGCCAGCACCCCCUCCCCAGUCCUAGGAGCUGCUGCCUGCAGGUGCCUCACUGGCGAGAUCUCCAGGGUAUCUCCGCACCCUCCCCUUUCCUAAGCCCUGGGCACCAGCACCCCCUUGUGGCCAUCCCUCACCUCGUUCCCAGGUGGGCCUGCUGUGCCCAAGGGCCAGAGAGCUAGGAG